AUGGAUCCGAACAACAACAACACCAAUAACUCAUCAUCAACUUCCAUUGUUGGAGGAAUCAAUAAUGGAGGGAAUGAAGGAAAGGAAGAUCCUGAAAAGAUGGUUCUCUCCUUGACCAAGACAGCCUUUGAAACACUUGAAAGAGAUUUUCAAGAAGUGAUCAAUGAAUUAGCCGGAAAGGAUCAUUUGGAAAACUUUAGAAUUGAAUAUGAAAAACUGCAUCGGACUUUGUUGAGAUGUCAUGAAAACGAAAAACGAUUAAUGAAGAAGUGCGAGGAAUUGACUCAACAAAUUGUUGCCAAUGCAAUCAAAAUUCAAACCGCACUCAAUCUCACAAAAGAAGACCAAAAUACAAUUGCAAUUUUGAAGAAAGAAAUUGACAAGGCUUGGAAACUUGUAAAUGCUUCGCACGAAAAAGAAGCCAAAGCUAAAGAAACGAUCCAAAAACUGACAAAGGAAAUUUCAGAGCUGACCAAAUUAGCAAAUCAAGGAAAUAAUACAACCACUGUUCAAGACACAUCAGCGCCUGAGCUUGAAAAGGUGAAAAAAGAAUUAGCAAAAGAACGUGAAUUGAAAACAUCACAAAUUAUUCAAUUGAAUAAUGAGCUCUCCAACACACAAUUAAUUAUCAACGAUCUCAAUCAAGAUAAGAAAAAGUUAAAUGCUGUCAUUGAGACUCUCAACGAACAACUCAAUGACACUAAACUUAAACUUGAACAAACCAUCAAACAAAAGGAGAAAUCUGAAAAGGAAUUGAAGGAAUCAAAACAACUCUUGGCUGCAAAAACUCAAGAUGUUUUCAAAAAGGAAGCAGAGAUUAAAAAGGAACAAUCAAGAUUUACCGAUUCCGAGAAAACCAUCAAGGAAAUGGAUUCACAAAUUGCUACUCUUCAUAAAAGAAUUGACCAAUACAAAGCUGUCAUUGAACAAGACGAAAAAGAACGAAGUGGUUUAAUUGCAGAAGUUUCUCGAUUGAAGGCCAAUGAUGACAAAUUCAACAUUGAAAGAAAGUUACUUGAAAACAAAAUUAAGGAAAAGGCAGUUGAAAAUGAAAAGGAAGAAGUUGAAAGAUCAAAAGAAGCUCUCAAUCAAGAAAUUAUCCGAUUGAAUAAGAUCAUUGAAGAAAUUAAUCAACAAAAAGAGCAACAAACAGAAGCAGGAGAGAAAUUGAAGGCUGAACGAAACUAUUUGAGCAAGAGUUUGGUCAUUAUGAGAAAGGAAAAGACAAAGAAGCAAGACAAUAUUAAAAUUUUGGAAGGCAAUCAAAAGGUUCUAAAGGCAGAAAUUGUUGCUGAGAGAAAACAAACUGAAAAAUAUCGUCAAUUAACAUACACAUUAGAGAAGGAAAGAGAACGAUAUUCCACCAGUGCAUCCGAAGCUGAAGUGAAAUACAGACAAGCUCUUGAAGAGGUUCGAAUCAAAUCAGUGGAACUGAAUGAACUUCAAAAGAAAAUUGUAGAAUUACAAGAAAAACUCAAACAACAACAAUCUCUCUAUGAAUCUGUUCGAAGUGAAAGAAAUGCAAAGAGUAAGGCAUUGAUUGCUGCUCAUGAAGAAGCUGAAGAAAUGAAGAAACAAUUUAAGGUCAUGGAACAACAAAUUGUUCAAUUGAAGGAAGAAAUUACGAGCAGAGAAAAGGCACUUGUGGAUGAAACGUACAAUGCAAGACAAAUUCUAAAGAAGAAGGAAAAAAUGAAAGAAGAAAUUAAACUAUUAGAAGAAAAGCAAAAAGAACAAGAUCGAAUCAUCAAGGCACAUGAAUCUGAAAAUUAUCGAUUGACACAAAUUAUCAAACAAGCCGAUAAUGAGAGAAGAAAACAACAAAAAGACUAUGAUGCAGUUGUGAGUGAAAGAGAUGUUCUGGGAACACAACUGAUUCGAAGAAAUGAUGAAAUUGCACUACUCUAUGAAAAGAUUCAACUUCAAAACAGUACAUUGGAUAAGGGAGCCGUUCAAUACAGAGAACGAUUAGAAGAUAUCAAGAUUUUGAAACUAAAAAUCAAAGACCUGACACGACAGCUUCAAGUCUUGAAGAAACACAUUUUCAAAGUCAGAGAAUUUCAACGUGAAAAUCAUGAGUUGAAACGACAGUUACUCGAGGAACGAAACAAGGUCAAAGCUCUCUCAGAAGAAUUACAAAAUCCAAUGAAUGUUCAUCGAUGGAGAAAACUCGAAGGAAGUGAUCCCACUCAAUACGAACUUGUUUUGAAAACUCAAACUCUUCAAAAGAGACUCAUUGCCAAGACUGAAGAAGUUAUGGAAAAGGAUUUAAUUAUUCAAGAAAAGGAAGAAAUGAAUAAGAAGUUGAAAGCCAUCUUGGCAAGACAACCAGGACCUGAGGUUGCAGAACAGCUCAACAUUUAUCAAGAAACACUUCGAAAGAAGAAUUCACAAAUUCAAUCACUAGCAUCUGAACUUAACUUUUUACAAUAUAAGGACAAACAACAAGAAUAUGAAAAGGAAAGAUUGGCGCGAGAACUCAAAGAAACAAAGAAGAAAUUUUUGCAAACAAAGAAGGAGUUUUAUUUAGAAAAGGAACGAUCACAGAAUUUGGAAGAAAGUGCAUCAGAGAACUUUAAGGUGACACCUCCAGAGACAAGAAUUCAUUUGGGAGGAGGAUUCUCUCUCAGCUGA